AUUACUAUUAUUAUUAAUAUAUCUAACAUUACUACCACCUCGGGAAGCGUUAUCGCUGAGAGAAGAAGUGGCGCAAGAAACUCCAGCAACGCUUCUAUCAUUAAUAGGAUAAAACCUGCCUGCUAUGAGGCCAUAUCGUGAGAAUGAUUGCCGAAGUCGACAGUGACUGCAGCAUGUAGUGUGACUGCGUAAUUGUUUAAUCCUAGCCUGAGCGAUUGUUGUCUUGAAAGUCAAGAACGUGCCUAGGUCUGCAAUGAUCACGUCGAAAUUUGCCGAGCGCGAUUGGGUUGUAGGUGGCGGCACCUAAAAUUAACGAAUUAAAAUGACCAACGGCAAAGUCAAAAUAACGACACGACGCCAGCUUCAGGUGUUAGGCUAUGGUGAGCAAGUCCAAGUCUAUGUGUAAAUCGCUAUUGCGCAUGUACCACGGGCCUCCCGUGGCUCUGCGCAAGAAUCUAUUGUGAAUCACCUGAAGUCGGUGUAUUUGUUUCGGCGAGAUGUGCGCGAAUACCGGGCUAGAGUACGUCAUAACGGGACGCAUAUUGAUUUAUAGAGUGUCACCUUAAUGCGAAGGGACAUUUUGCUCUUUUAAAUAACGUGGAAAGGCGACCUAGGAUGAAAGCCGCUCGGUUUCUAACUCGGGUCAAUUAAGCAGAGAAGUGUCAUUUAAAAAGUUUCGCCUGCCUGGUCAAAGCUAUUGUAGCACAAAAAAAUAAUAAAAUCAAUAGACGUUAUAUUUCUUGUGCGAACUACCAAAACCGGCGGCCAUUCCGAUUUCAUUUCAAUUAUUGAUCUUAGUGAUUGCUGUGCGUUUACAGUGCACACUUAUAUAAUAAUCUAAUUGAUAACAAAACGAGUUAAUUAAUAACAUUGAUUAGUAAAAUUAAAUCAAACUACAAAACUAGUGAAGUUUCACAUAAAAAUCAACAGAUAUGUCAGUUGAAAAAAAGAAACUGGAUGUUUAUUUGGAGGAGGUACAUAAGCAGUUCAUUGCCAUCAAAGAUGAUGACGUCAGUAGAGCACAGCAGGUGUUUAAAAAUAUUUUUGAACAAAUCAAACAGAAGAUGAGCGAACAAAACAACUUCUUUAGAGAAUACAGUGACGAGGUUAUGUACGGUGGUAGCGUAUAUGACGGAACCAAGACAAGCAAAAUAGACGAGUUAAAUAUAGACAUAGUGGUCCAGCUGCCUAUCAACUACGUGGGUAUUGCUAUGGAGUACGGUGAGCCCGGCUUUGUGCGGCUGAAGAUAGUCAGAGCGUUUGACAGCCUCCACGAGCAGCAGGAGUUUGAGCAAUGCCACAAAGUAACCAGAGAUUGGAGGGACACUGACAAGUAUCUAUUGCAAGAUCAAUUCCGGAGUUGGAUGCAUGGGGUAAUUCAAAAGGCCCUCAACGAGAUGAAUAACCGUGCGACAGUCAAUGGUACCACAUACCUUAUGAAAUACAAGGAGACAGGACCUACAUACACUCUGUAUAUAAGAAAUGUUGAGAAUGAUGAGGAAUUCAAAUUAGAUGCAGACUUGGUGCCCGUCAUCAUGGUUAGACUUCCCAUAUGGCCUAUGGGCUACAGGACGACGUUUAAGGUGAGGCCGUCGUGUCGCGAGUGGCUGGUGGUGCCGAAGCCCAACAAGGCGGUGAGCGGCGCCGACCGCUCCCGCUGCUGGAGACUCUCCUUCCAGAAACACGAGCGCGACAUCCUCAAGGACUUACACCACCUCAAAAUGGUCCUGACAUUGAUGAAGAAGCUACGCACAGCCCUCAAGAUGAAGGCCAUCGCCAACUACUACAUUAAGACGUUAUUCCUUUGGAAAGUGGAUAAAGAGGAUAAGCAGUUCUGGCAGAACAGUGUGAGCUUCCUCUUCGGGGUCAUGCUGCAGGAAUUUCACGACGCUCUCAAAAAGAACAACAUAGCCUACUUCUGGAACCCCAAGAACAAUCUCAUUGAGAGCUUGUUGCCUGCUCAGCAGAAACUCUACACGGAAAACUUGAAGAAGGUUCUGGACAGCAUCCAAGCUAAUGAUGUCGACAAAACUAUAUUAGCCUUUCUCGAACCUGGUGAGAUCGAGCAGUUCAAGAGCUCCGAAAUGUACCAGCGCCAUAGCAUGUCUCCAGCGGCCAUCUCCGACACGAGUAGCCAGGAGCAAGGUAACUUACAAAACUCUCAGACAGAUGACAGACAAACUGCUUUACUGAAAUCUAUAGUGGAUAAACUAGACCUGCUGACGCAAAAGUUGGAGCUGCAAGAGAAGAGGCUUAUUAAACUGGAGAAGGCUUACGAAUUGUCAAGAAAACGUUCUCAAAAAUCCAAAUUGGAUAAAUCUGCACAAUUCCCUGAGGAAUUAGAAUACAGGAGGAAUGUAAGUAGUGGGGUAAUAUAUGGCCAUCAAGCUCAUAUGUUUUACGAUUAGCUGUGCGACACGAAAUUAAUUAAAACAGACUAAGCACAGAUAAUACUAUACUAGUAUAAGAAUAUAAUCAUCUACGUUUAGGAUUACCUUUUAGUGCCAUUCAAAAGUAUUUAAAAUAAAGUUUUAAUGAAAUUACCAAAAACUAGAUAUAAAGUUCAGACCAUUCUUACAAAGUGAGAUACCAGUGAGUGUGGAAUUUUUAAAAUUUCCGUAAUUAACAUUGAGAUAUCAAGAAAACCAACUGAAAUUUCAAAUUCUGACAGCUUUUUAAAUCACACAUCUAAAUUCAAAGCAACAAGCUGAGAACUUUGAAACCUAAUUUGUUAUUUUGAUACAGUUUAAGUUUUUAUCAUGAAAUUGCUGCAGAAUAUUUUAGGACCACCUUUCAACCAUUUCCACAUUUAAUUACUAUUAAAAACUGACUUGACAUGAUGAGAAAAUAACAAUGAAUAUUGGCUGAGAAUUUGGGUAACCAUGGCAACAUCGAUUCUUUGCUGCUUUGGCUUGUAGUUUUUAUCCCUUUCUCGCUGAGCGAUUUCUCCAAUUUAUCGUCCCCUAAUGUAGAAUGUAUACCUUAUAAAUGUUAUUUAAAUUUACAUUAUUUUAGAAUGCAAAUAAAUUUUAUCUAUUUAUAGUUUUGUUGA